AUGCGUACAAGGACCCACUACAAAAAGGCGAUCCAAAAAAUCCGUCACCGAACUGAAGUUCUCACUGCCGAUGCAGCAGCAGAUGAGCAGCUUGCUCUAGCUGCGCUGAGUGGUGACUUGGAUAGUGAAGGCUACUUCCCCAACAUCCGUGUGCGCUGCCAAGAUCUGGCACACGCCAUUCGGUCACAGAAAGCGGGGACUUUGACAAGCCUGCUCAAGAUCAAGGGCAAAUUUGCCAAGCGUGGCAUUGAGCCAGCUCAGAAAUAUUUUCCAGAACCUGACUCCCAACCACCUGAUACUGAUGACGAAUUUCCGUUCUGGGAGGAUGAUGUUACGGUGUUGGAUGAUGGGGAUUCAGGAUCUGACAUGGAAUGUCCCCGCUCCCCUUUGUCCAAGUUAAGUGAUGAUCGUGAUUCUGAUCCUUUGCCUGAGUUCGGGGAUGGCAAGGUGGACUUGGGUGGGGAUGAUACCAAGUUCUAUGAAGUCGAUCAGUUUGAUGAUGGGAAGCCCAAGUUGGCCAAGUUUCCUCGUGAUGAGGGCUUCAUUCAGACCCCUUUUCUUGGAGAUGAUGGUGACACUAUUGUUGUUGAUGAUGAAGAGACUUGGAUUCUUGGUCAAGAACCACCCCCAGAGGAACGGCUUAGUGAGACCCGACACGUUGUGGUCAACACGCAAUUGUUUAAUUCCCAGUUGCGACGCGCCAAUGCAGCUUAUUUUGAGUCUUAGCUGGCCAGUUUGUAAUUUCAAAUUCAUUUGAUGUUGGAAUUCCAGCACUGAGACAUAGAUAGAAGAGGGAGAGCACGA